AUGUCAAGCGCUGCUUGGGGCUCAGCUCCAACCUCUAGGAUUGUUGAGCAGUUCUCUACACAUGUUCAAAGCGGUUUCACUGCAUUCGACAUGGCGGAUCACUACGGUGACGCUGAGGUGAUAUUUGGACGCUUCCGAUCCUUGUACCCUCACAAGGAUGCCAUCUUUACCGCUACAAAGUAUUGCAUCUUCCAUCAUGUCGACAUCACUCGUGAGGCCGUGCAAGCCAACGUCAGCGAACGGUGCCAGAGGUUACAGCAAGACAAGAUCGACUUGCUCCAAUUUCACUGGCAGUUUUGGGAUAAUCCAGGGUACUUGGAUGCCCUUCGUUAUCUCAUGGAAGAUGAGCGGGUCGGUAUGAUUGGCUUGUGCAACUUCAACACCGAGCAUCUGCUACGAACUAUUGAGAGUGGAGUGCAUGUGCACACAAAUCAGGUUCAGUUCUCCCUGAUUGAUUCACGCCCAAACGAAAGGAUGGGAGAAGUUUGCCAGCUCCACGGUAUCAAGCUGCUGACCUAUGGGACCUUGUGUGGGGGGUUUCUCGCGGAGAAGUGGCUGGCCAAGCCUGAACCAGAUGUUUAUAGCGCCUCCAUCACACCAAGCCAGCGAAAGUAUUAUGGAAUCAUUUGCAGCUGGGGCGGCUGGGAACUGUUUCAACGGUUGCUCCGGACCUUGGAUGGCAUCGCGAAGAAGCACGGCGUGAACGUCUCCAAUGUUGCAACCCGAUGGGUGCUGGAUUUCCCCUACGUUGGUGCGGUCAUUAUUGGCGCGCGAAUGGGAGUGAGUGAGCAUACGAAUGACAACCAGGCCACUUUUGGUUGGAGUCUGGAUGACAAAGAUCGGGCAGCUAUUGAGCAAGUGUUAGAGGAAAGCAAUCGGAAAGAGGUAUUUCACACAAUGGGUGACUGUGGUGGGGAGUACCGAACUAUUGGUUAG